AUGUUGCCUUUCAAGCACACACGUCAUGCAUCCAUUGCACCACCCAGGCCCAUACUUUCCAGUCCAAAAGCGUUGUCCUCAAAGCCCACAAAUCCCGUCCAACGCAAAUGCAUACACGAUUCUGCAGCAAUUCUUUCGUUGCUGAAUAUCAGACCUACUCCAGUACGCGCAAGCAACCCAGUCUUCUCUCAUCCAGAGCUGUUAUACAGUUCAUCUUCGUUAUUGAGUGCUUUGAUUUCAACAGCAGUGGAAAUCAUUAAGCUUCAGAAAUCAGUGGCAGACCUGGAAAAACUUCACAAAGGAAAAAAUGGUGCUAAUUUCGUCAUACCGUGUCGCCAUGGUCGUGAGAAGGUUGAGGGCGUUGAAGGCAUCAUGGCUGCUUGUGCAACUGCUCUACACAAUGUUUCUCUUUCUGGACCCACUUUAUUUGGCCAGGUGAUCAACAUGGCAGCACAAAUUGCUGGGCAGGAGUCUAUCUCAUACAACAAUGGCAAGUGGACAGAUUUCUGUCGUUCAAGCUCUUUUGGAAGAGCUGCCUGGACAGUCUUUGACCUGUUUCAUGUGACAGUGAGACUCCAUCAUCAACCAGAUAUGAUGAGAAACAAUCUUGAAACUAACAGAAAACAGGGAAUCCAGGAUUAUAAUUAUUUUCUUACAGAGAUUGACGAGAAUUACUUAACAGGAAAAAUGGACAAGAACUGA